CUUUCUUAUUUUUAUCCACUUUCAAUGGCCUCAACAGAAUUGUUUGAAAUACCAGACAACUUACUAAAUUUCACUUGCAAUAACCUAUACACCAUCACAGCUGCCCAAUUCCAAAAGAUCCAUGCAGCUUAUAAACGCACCGAGUUACCCAGCGAUAUCCUAUUUCCUUGGUUGCAUGGUGUAGACGGGUUAUCGAAUCAGCAAAAUCUGUUUUUCGGUGUACGUCGCUGCAUGGCGCCGAGAUACCGUGGCAUCUUGCUUGUUCAUUGUAAUCCUUCGGAAACCAGUAGUCGUCUUGUGGAGUCUGUCUUACCUUCGCAGGUCCUGACCGAUGGGCAUUUCUCCGCGCACAGGGACACGGGCAUAAAUCUGCGUAAUUUUCAAAACCAAAUUGCCCGGUUUGCCAGUAUUUGUGAUAUAGUCUGCUAUGGAAAGAAUGCGUACACGGUAGCUGAAAUGAUGGCCAGUGCACAGAGUCGAAAUUAUGCUGAGCGUCAGAUUGAAAUGGACGCGGUCUAUCGAGCCGCAGGAAAACGAGCUCUUGUGAAUGCGAAUGAUCUUAUUUACAAGACGAUUGUGAUUGAGGAUGACUUUUCUGCGUUUAAAGAGGAGUUUGUGAUGUAUGAUGCAUCGGGAAUACAGGUCACACGUCAAGAUUUCUUGGAGUUAGAACAGAUAGAGAUGAGAGAGAUGAGUAAAGCGAGCGAAGUCACGUCUCAUGUGUGGAUAGGCAAUACACAAGAUGCACCUGUGCGUUUUGAUUCGGACGAUCCAAAUGAUAAUCCACAUGCAAUAUCGAUUUGUAUUGAAGCGCAUGAUUUGGCAGACAUGCCCUUACCGUCGACGCUGACGUUAGCACGAGAAAUGUUAAAUGACGUGAAGAAUAAGCAGACCGAAGUUAUUCAUUUCGACAUGUAUGCGACUGGAGUACCACAAACCAAAGUUGAAUUCGAUGUUUUUUGUACGCGUCUCUUGUGUUUAUUAAAGUUUAUGCAAGAGCAAUCGAGUCAAGGUCGAAAUAUCUUGAUCCAUUGCUCGGAUGGAUACACGGAAAGCAGCUUGUUAGGUUUGACUUGGAUCAUGUAUCACUUGAGGAUUUCAUUACCUGAUGCGUACCUUUAUUUCCAAAAGAAGCGAUCGUUUUUCGUGUAUGCUUCUGAUAUACCUACUUUGCGUCGAAUUGAGUGCUUAAUACUUGGUCAAGAAGAAUGUAUCGAACCUGAACCCAAGCGCAAAAAAUCCGAACAGUAUGAAUUUAUUCAGAAUCUGAGGAUUGGAGACAGUCAUUUGGAUUCUUCAGAUGAUUCUGACUCUGAAGUGGAUCAUCGUGUUUUAUACAAGGAUGAUUAUCUGAAUAAAAUAUCCAAUCUUGGUAAGUCAGGUAUCUAUAAGCAAUUGUCUUUAUCGCCUACCAAGCAAGAACUAGAAGUGCAUCCUUGGUUCUAUUCAUCACGAUUUGAAGGUUCUUUUCCUUCAAGAGUAUUACCCUUUUUAUAUUUGGGUAACUUAAAUCAUGCCACCAAUCCAGAGAUGCUAAAGGCAUUGAAUAUCACCCAUAUUGUCAGUGUAGGUGAAAAGGCAGAUUUGGAUGCGUUGGAUUUUGAUUUGUUGUUCCUGGAUAAUCUCUAUGACGAUGGCAUUGAUUCGAUCCGAGGAAGAUUGGAAGAGGUACUCCAGUUUAUCGGUAAGUCCUUCUUUUUAAUAAAUAUGUUUAUUUAUUGUUUAUAUUUUGGGUUACACGAUAAUAAAAUUUUAAUCCUGUUAUUUUUUAUUCUUUUUUUUUUCAUGGUGCGUGUGUGUAAUUUUCUGAUUUAGAGGAAGCUCGGAAGAAGGGUACUAUCUGUUUAGUGCAUUGUCGAGUAGGUGUCAGUCGUAGUGCAACCAUCACGAUAUGCUAUGUUAUGAAGUAUCUACAAUUGACACUGGUUCAAGCCUACUUGUAUGUACGUGCACGCCGACUCAAUGUGAUUAUCCAACCCAAUCUGAAAUUCAUGUAUGAACUACUACAACUAGAACAAAAACAACAUGGUACAAUGACAGUGACAUGGCCUACUUUAUGUCAAGAAAUUUAUAACUUGAAUUCAUCCUAUCGAGACUCUUCCUUUUAAAUAAAAAUUGAGCGCGGAGCACAAAAAAAAAAUGUUUAUUUAAACUGUUUCCGCUUGCCCCGCUCCUCUCUCUCUCUCUCCCC